UGGUGAUCUAAGAAACUCAAACAUGCUCAUUAUAACAAGAUGACAGUAGAUCUAUAUCAUGAGAUUGAUGAAGCCGUCCAGAAGCGGUUGUAUCAAGAUCUGCCCAAUAAGGAGUCGUGUAACGUGUUGUUGUUCACCACAACUUUAACUCCCGAACUAGUCGACUUUUUAAGCAAUGACUAUAAUUUCGAACUUGUUUUAAGGUUAGUAAAUAACUUGAAAGAACAACUAUAUAUAUCGAGUAUCAAGGAUUCUCACCAACGUUUUAAAACACUAAUACAAAUCCUUUUCACUAGAUUAAUAUUGAAUUAUUUAACUAGUGAUUCAAAACAUUUGUGGGAUAAAAUUAGGUUCACCUAUAAUAAAUAUGGAAAACCAUCAAUCGAGAAUAUGUCAGCUUUCACUUUUAACUCUUCAAGUUCUAAUUCUAUAAUAAGUAUCAUUGUACAAUUCAGUAAUAGUGAUAGUCCUAUAGGUAUAGAUCUAUCGCAUGCCAAACAAAAUGGGAUAUCACCUUCAAAUUUUAUCGAAGAGUUUCGACCAAUAUUUGGCUCUAAUGAGUUGAAGUUAUUACAGUCAAUCGAAGACUCCGAUAGUAAAUAUUUUACAUUUAAUCAUAUAUGGACAUUAAAGGAAGCAUUUACGAAAUUGCUUGGGUGUGGUCUAAAUAUCGAUUUAUCAGAAUUUGACUACGAUAUAAGGAGUUCUUUACUUGAAGAUAUUCAUACUAGAGAUAUACUCCACUAUAGUUCCAGUAAAAUGGUAAAUGAAUACUUACUCAAUUACAAUACAGAUAUUAUUAUUAAUGUUUCAAAGCUCAAAUCAAACCAAAAUGCAUUUCUAUUAUCGCUUGAUAACUUUCAUAAUUUCUUCAUAUAUUCGUCUAUACUACAACCAAGAAGGGAACAUGAUUUACCCGUUAUAAUCACAUUCAUUAAUCAAAUUCCAAUAGACAAAAUACGAUCAUUUGAAUUUAAUAUGUUGAACAUUCUUAAAACAUGCGUAUAAAUAAAAUGAACUUCCGGUAAGUUACAUAAGUUAUUAGGGAUAUCUAAUAUACAGUCACAGUAUAAUCUAUCAAAGUUUAUGCAAGUAAGGCGUAAGAAGCUGCUCAGCCUCAUAACUUAAAAAUUAAUUAGGGGCUAUCAUAUACAUGAUUGCUUAAAACGCCUUCUUAAUACCCAUUUUGCUGGUAUACUUUAACCCCUUCAAAU